GCGCUUUCCCCGCAGAUCCCCGAGCACGAGCGCGCGCACAAGCCCCGACACACAAACACACGCUCACGCACGCACGCACGCACGCACGCGCGUGCAGUUUUCCGCUCGCGCGCUGGUUUUCACGGCUGUCGGACGGCGCGAUGUGGAUCCAGAUCCGGACGAUCGACGGGAAAGAGACUCGAACCGUCGACGACCUGUCGCGGCUCACGAAGAUCGAGUCGCUGCGCGUGAAAAUCAAUGAGAUCUUUAACGUCAAGCCCGAGCAGCAGAGACUCUUCUACAGAGGAAAACAGAUGGAAGAUGGUCAGACGCUGUUCGAUUAUAACGUUGGGCUUAACGACAUCGUCCAGCUUCUCAUUCGCUCACAGACCGACCCUCCAGACAGCCCCGUCCUGAACAACGGUGAGGGUGUGGCCUGCAUAACGACCCCACCCUGCUCCGCAUCGACCCCACCCCCAGCCACACCCACCACCACAGCCGUUUCUCCAGCAACCGUUUCCAACACCAAUGGAAACGGCUCUAAAUCCUGCAGUCCGUCAUCAGACAGCCAGCCCUCCACAUCCAGCCGGACGCUCCUCAUUCCUCCCAGCAUUGGACACUACAAGAUAAAUGAGUUGGUGGACUGCAGGGACAUCAGUAUCGGUGCCUGGUUUGAGGGCGUCAUUGAAAAGGUUUCUCCUUCCACUAAAGGACAGAAUGGCAAAGCUGAAACAGUGCCCCCUGCUCCCAGGGUGGGCCGACCCCGAAAACAGACUAACGGAAAACUGGAUUGUGUGGAAACACUCUCCUCAACGGACAGUAACGGCACAUCAGAGAAACAAAUAAACUCGGACAACAGUGAACCGUCAACGUCAAAAACUGUUUCGACAAACUCCAGCGAGAACGUGGCGUACCACAUUAAAUAUGAAGAUUACCCUGAGAAUGGUGUUGUGGAGAUGAGGGGGGAUGACGUGCGCCCGCGGGCCAGAACUCUGCUCAGGUUCGAUCAGCUGCAGGUGGGUGAUGUGGUGAUGGUGAAUUAUAAUCUGGAGCUGCCGGAGGAGAGAGGAUUCUGGUACGAUGCUGAGAUCACGGCGCUGAACUCCAUCUCACGCACCAAUAAAGAGAUCCACAUCAAGAUCCUGCUGGGAGGUCCGGGGGAUGUGAUCGGUGAUUGUAAACUGGUGUUUCUGGACGAGAUUUACAGGAUAGAGAAACAUGGAGCACCAGCACUGAGUGCAGCUGACGGCCAAUUCAAACGCAAGAGCGGUCCGGAGUGUAAACACUGUAAGGCAGAUCCAGAAGUUGAGUGUCGCUUCUGUUCGUGUUGUGUGUGUGGAGGUAAACAAGAUGCUCACAUGCAGUUACUGUGUGAUGAGUGUAACAUGGCCUUUCACAUUUACUGCCUGAACCCACCGCUGGCCUCCAUACCAGAGGAUGAGGACUGGUAUUGUCCCACCUGUAAGAAUGACAGCAGUGAGGUUGUAAAAGCGGGAGAGAAACUCAAAACCAGUAAGAAGAAAGCCAAGAUGCCUUCAGCCACUACAGAGAGCCACAGAGACUGGGGCAAGGGAAUGGCGUGUGUGGGUCGCACUAAAGAAUGCACCAUCGUCCCCUCCAAUCAUUACGGGCCGGUUCCCGGUGUUCCGGUCGGAACAACAUGGAAGUUCCGUGUUCAGGUGAGUGAGGCGGGUGUUCACAGGCCUCAUGUGGGAGGAAUUCACGGGCGCAGUAACGACGGCUCGUACUCGCUGGUGCUCGCCGGAGGAUUCGAGGAUGAAGUUGACCGGGGCGAUGAGUUCACCUACACGGGCAGCGGUGGGCGUGACCUGUCAGGAAACAAGCGAAUCGGAGAGCACUCGUUUGACCAGACUCUCACACACAUGAACAGGGCUCUGGCGCUGAACUGUGACGCACCUCUGAAUGACAAAAACGGGGCGGAGUCUCGUAACUGGCGGGCGGGUAAACCAGUGAGAGUGAUCCGCAGCUCCAAGGGUCGACGAAUCAGCAAGUACGCGCCUGAGGAGGGAAACAGAUACGACGGCAUUUAUAAGGUUGUGAAGUACUGGCCUGAGAUCGGGAAGUGUGGUUUUCUGGUGUGGAGAUAUCUGCUGAGACGUGAUGAUGUGGAACCGGCAGCCUGGACACCUGAAGGAAUCGAUAGAAGUAAAAAACUGGGCCUUAAAGUCCAGUAUCCUCCGGGUUACCUUGAGGCAAUGGCCAAUAAGACGAAGAAAGAGGUAAGUGUCAGAGGGGGGGGCGGGUCCACGCGGGGCAGAAAGAGAGGUCGACCGAGAUCUGUACGAGUACCCAAGAGCUCUCAGCAGAGUAAAGAGGAGACGCCCGAGGUGAACGUGAAGAAUGAUGAAGAUGUGCAGAGUAACAGCAGUCCACACACAUUAAAAGAACCGCUCACAGGUGUGCGUGUGGAGCAGGUAGAGCCACAGGUGAAGCGUUUGAAGGAGGUGGAAGCGUUUGUUCUGUCAGAUCAGCAGAAAGAUCUCAUACAGGAGGACCAACCCAACAGAAAACUGUGGGAUGAAGCUCUGAACUGCCUCAUGGAGGGACCGAACUUCCUGUGUAUGGUGGAGCAGAUGUUCAUGUGCGUGUGCUGUCAGGAGUUAGCAUACCAGCCAAUCACCACAGAGUGUUCGCACAACGUCUGCAAGACCUGUCUGCAGAGGUCGUUUCGAGCCGAGGUGUUCACCUGCCCCGCCUGCCGUCACGACCUGGGCAAAGAUUACGGCAUGACCCUCAACAAGACCCUACAGCUGCUCCUGGAUCAGUUUUUCCCCGGUUACAGCAAAGGACGAUGAGUUUGAACGUGACCCGCUGGAUACGGACAUAUGAAUCUGCUCUGCACACCGCCACGCUUUCACACGCACAUCAUCCCAAACCCACCACCAACACCAGCCCCACGCCCACCCACACCUCAGGCAAACCAGAGACACUUCCAGACCCCAACGGAGCGCUCCAUCACUUCCACCUGGACAUCAGGAUUCAUUUCCCAGAAGCACAUUCUGCCUUUCAGAUCAUCCAGUGACAGAGAACAUUUUCAUCAAAUAUGAGUUUGGACAAGAAUCCAAAUGAAGCCCAUCAUCUGAAUCACCGAGAGGGUCACGGUCCAGAUUCAGUCCUUCACAUUAUCAGUUCUGUAACCUAACCUGCAGAUUCAUUUUAUCUCUUUACUUAAUACAUCAUUUCAUCUGUUACAGGAAGAAGAAAUUGAGCGGCAUAAAUGUAGUAUAAGGAAUACUACCAUGUGUAAAUACUUUUAAUAUCAAUCAUUUUAAUUUGAAUGUUUGUUCUGUUUGAAUAUUUAAUGUGUAUAAAUGCAAUUGAAAUAAUAUAUCCAGUUUGCAUUACACUAGUGACAAUGUGAAGGUCAAAUCAAUCUAUAAGAGUUCAAGGUUCAUAUUCGACCCUGACGUGUUCUGGUCACGUGACGCCGAAUGACGUCUUUAUUCUCAUGGGACAGGACAGAUGAGAUGAUCCUGCGGUCCACAUGUUUCUGUAAAUGUGAACACAUGAUGUCGGAGGUGUAGACGGGCUGGACUUCACACUUUUAUUGUUCUUUACAGCACGCGUGUCACUUCCUGUCUGUUCUCUUUGGUUGUCUGUUGCUCGGCUCGUUCGUCUUUCUUUCUUUGUGGUGAUGUCCUUUUUUUCAAAAACAUUUCCCUUUUGUUUUACAGGAGAUGCAAAUGUAAAAUGUUUAAAGAUGAUACCGUUGUAUCCACGGCAAACUGUGACGUGUGUUGCUUUCUGGUUCUUCGUUUUCUUUGGUUUCUUUUCUUCUGCUCUGUGAUUGGCUGUUCUCUUCUCUUGCUGUUCUCAUCUUCUUCGGCUUCACUGUGGCGUGUCACGUUUUUAUUGCACUUACUCGAGACUGUAAAAGAACUUUUGAAAGCCGGAGACGGUCGACGGCGUGUUUGCUGACGGGGGUCCUUGGUUUAUUUGUCAGAUUAUGGUUCAGUCUUCGCUCAGCUCUUUAAAUGUGGCAAAUUUCACCUGCAGUCCUGGCAGAAACAACGCUUUCGAUUGUGAUUCCAAAUUUUAUACAUGGUAUAAUACUUGUUAUGUACUUAUUAAAUAUUUUGAUUCCAGUAA